GUUUUUAUGGGAAGAUUUAUAAUUUCAUUAUGUCGAAUAUUUACGUUCCUGCUAUCCGAUGCUAACGCCUCUUCAGCCAUAUUCUCUUUUCUUUCCCUAAUUUUUCCCCUAAGAAUGGAGGAAUGAAGACAAAGAUUCCAUUUUUAUGUCGGGUUCCCGCAAUGAUUGCUGACAACCGAGCCUUCUCCAUUGUCUUGUGUGGAACGGCACCUUGUAGAAAAUAUUAUACCUCGGCGUAUUAGAGGAUCAUCUAUCUGGAAGAGUGAGAUCGACGCCGAACGGCAUCGACCGUACCAAUUUCAAUGUCAUCAGGCUCCAACCGGGUUCGACGGAAUCUUUCGUUGCUCAAAACUUAGUGGAUUAGCCUGGUUGCACCGGCCGUGCUUAAGCUAGGUGGCGAUUCUCGAUACGAUUGAUCCGAGUGCACGAGAUAAUGGGAAUCUAACCUAUCUAACCUAUCUAACCUUAUAAAUAAAUCAUCUCACUCCGAGCCUCAAUUGAUACCUAAUAUAAAAUCUGUCAAUUCCAUUCAGCCUCCCUUCUAUCAGCAUAAUCCUCCUAUCGGCUGUGCUGGGUUCCUAAGGCCUACGGUCGAUUGCUAUUAGUUAACUCUAUUCCGUCAUUAAAAAGGGAGGCUAGAUAUUGUGGUUCAACCUCAUUGCCUUCCUUCAAAAUAUGUCUACUGAAGAGCCUCAUGCGGCUUCGCAGAGUCGAGAUCAUCUUGCAAUGGAUACAGACAUCCAUAGCGUACAUUCAAGGCGCGAGACACAGCAUCCAGUUGCUUUAGCCGAGGCAUUGAAAGCUGUACAUCGCAUCCCAGAUACGCCGUCAGAUAGUAACAGCGAUUCGGGCAUUGAAGCUACGGACACACAUCCACACUCAGUCUUAUUGCGACGCAAAUCAGAAUCCAAUUCUUAUGAUAACUCAGCCUCGGAAACGCCUGAUAUCUUGCACUUGGAGAGCCCGAGAUUAAAUGAGAAGUCGAGUUCUGAACAGCUUCUCCAUGGUUUACCUAAAUAUACUUCUACAAGCAAGGGGAAGAAAACCUACGUGGUGGCCAGUGACGAUGCAGAACUUCGUGAGAUAUUAAGACGGGGUUUAGAAAGAGAGAAAGAAAAAGGAUUGCCGGGACGACGCGAAAAGCUACGGGAUAUGGUCUUCACGAGGCAAUUCUCGGCCUUCGACAGGCAAAACCAGGAUGCAGCAAACAGCCCGUUUCAAGGCUUUUAUGUCCUCUUCUGGAUUUCGGUGUUUUUCUUGAUCGUUAAGAUGGCUGCUGAUAAUUGGAGGAAAACCGGGAACCCACUCGGUACCAAUGAGAUUAUGAAAACCAUGUUUAAAAGAGAUGUUAUUGUACUUUUAUUCUCCGACGGCAUCAUGUGUGCUCUGACGGGAGUGAGCUUGGUAAUCCAACGUCUGGUUUUCCUCAACUAUAUUGACUGGAAACGGUCUGGCUGGAUAUUGCAAAACAUCUGGCAAACCCUGUUUAUCGCGGGUGCGGUUGGCCUUACUCUUGUGAGGGAUUGGCCGUGGACACAUACCGUAUUCUUUGUUCUUCAUGGUCUUGUCAUGUUGAUGAAGCAACAUUCAUAUGCGUUCUAUAAUGGCCACCUUUCAUCCCUCUACAAGAAACGACAGAGUCUACUCCUUAAAUUGAAACAGUUAGAGAAUAUAUCGCCCGUGACAUCGCCUUCGCAAACGAGACCAAGGGUUUCGGCUCUCUCUACGUCGCAUCUCGCUUAUCCGCCAUCGGCGGGUGAGUACCGUGAGAGGCGGUUUUCGUUAUCAAAGACCGGAUCUACUGACCAAAAUAACAUGGAGAGCAUCUCCUGCGCUAUUGAAGCGGCAGAACCACUCGACAUAGAGCAGCUUCAUGUGUUCGAAAGGCUCAUCAAGUGGGAAGUCGACGCUCUCGCAGAUGAACUCAGGGGCAAAGCGGAGGAUCCUACACAUUAUUAUCCAAAUAACCUUACCAUCUUGAACCACUACGAAUAUAUCGUACUACCCACCGUCGUUUAUGAAUUGGAGUAUCCCAGGUCCGAGAGGAUCAACUGGUACUACGUGGCUGAAAAAGCUUGUGCUCUUUUCGGUGUCAUAUUCGUCAUGAUCAUGAUUUCUCAAGCGUUUAUUUAUCCUGUUGUAAUGAGAGCGAUCCACAUGAAGGAAAUAGGCUGGACAACUACGCAAAGAUUCCGCGAAUUUCCAUGGAUACUCAGCGACCUUGCCUUUCCUUUCAUGAUGGAGUAUAUGUUAGCUUGGUAUCUCAUCUGGGAGACUGUUCUCAACAUCCUUGCGGAACUCACGUUAUUUGCGGACCGAAGCUUCUACGAUACGUGGUGGAACAGCGUCUCAUGGGAUCAGUACGCUCGCGACUGGAACCGACCGGUCCACAACUUUCUCUUGCGGCACGUGUAUCACAGCUCGAUAUCAUCCAUGCGUGUAAAUAAACACACUGCGACACUCAUUACUUUCUUCCUCUCGGCUUGCAUUCAUGAGCUCGUCAUGUGGUGUAUCUUUAAGAAACUACGCGGGUACCUGCUUAUCCUCCAGAUGUCCCAGCUCCCGCUUGUGCGGCUCAGCCGGACGAAGUGGCUUCGCGGCCAGCCAACAGUUGGAAAUAUCAUAUUCUGGAUUGGUAUUUUUACAGGACCGAGUUUGCUAUGUAGUUUGUAUCUGAUUCUUUGAAUGAAUGGUUGUUGGUUGGGUGCUUGGCUCUUUGGGGAUAUAAGUAGAGGAGAGAGGCAAACAAGCGAAUAGGAGGGCGAGCUGUUCUGAAGAGGAAUUUUAGGGCUUUUAGAGUUUAGAGCGUUAUACACCAAAGAUAGCGUGUUGGAUCGAGGUCACGAUUACGGUAAAGUAGGUGAUAAAUAGUGUGUAAACAUUGAUUAUCUUGUAAAUUACUAGGUUAGAGUUCUCAUGUAACUGAUAUUGCAAUAUUUGCCUUGUAUUACUCAAUGAUUAACAUUAGAUCA